GAUGUUGCUCGAGUGCAACCCCGCUUCGAACUUGGGAUUUGGACUUCUGGCGAACGCCUCCUUCGUCCUACCGGCGUCGACAGGCGAAGUACGAGCAGCACGAGGAGCAGGAGCUGGUGCAGGAUGUCAUAGUUCUCCAGACCCAGGUCACGCCCUUCCCACCUCAAAUUUCGGAUUUGGACUUCCGGCGAACGCUUCCACCUGCCCUCCUCAUCUCGUCUCUCCGACGACAUCCGGCAAACGGCCCAACGUCAACGCGCUCAUUCGCCACCAACGUCUUCAUUUCGACUCCGGCUUGUGCUUCGAAGACCGACAUGGUACCAGCCCCCGUAUCCAACGCGCUGCGACGAGAAGGAACCUCUGGCCGACGUGUAGGACACAGCCAGCCGUCUGCUCGCCGUUGCCACCGCGGCAACCCCUGGGUCGCCCCGAAGAUAGCGGGCAACGCUUACACCCUCUUCGCUUCUGCCCUCGACUCUGCGAUUUCCCGCCUGCGACACCUUUUGUAUCCGCUACGACUAUUCCGACCGGCGUCUGGGCAGAAGAUGAGACGAGAGGAGUGAGCCCGACGCUCUGCCCGCCUCGUCGAGUCAAGAACGUUUGGCUAUGCUUCGUAUCGUGCUUCUCGAGGGUAACUCUUGCUCAUCCCUCCAGCCCGAACUCAAACCCUGAAUUAGGGUACGCUGGCUUGUAUCAUACGCCAGCACACCCUCAUCGGCAACCCGGGCUGGGCCCCUCGUCGACAUUUUCUGGACUUCACUCCCUUCCUCGACGCGGCCUCGUUCAGCACCAUGACUCAGACCAACGACUCCGUUCAUCUAGCCUGCUGGUUACUGAAUCUCGCGCGCCAACCUCGAUGUCAGUUGGGCUGCUAGUAGCAGCGCUGGAUCGAGAAACUUGCGAGGAUUCGUGUACGGAGAUAUCUUA